GACGACGGACGACAGGCAAGACGAAAGAGACACGGAAGAAGACGACGACGUCGACGACAUGUCGGCGUACGCGCAAUUCGGAUACUAUCCGACGGCUUCGCAGCUCCUGGUGAGCGGAGGCCAGCCAACGACAGCCACGUCGCCCGCAAUGUCGUCAGCGGGCGCCCUCAGCCCGGGCGCCCUCUCGCCCUCCUCGUCGACAGCAACGACGACAGGCACGACACCGGGGGCAGGCAGCGGCGGGGGUGGCACCAGCACACCGGUGGGCGGGUCGACGGCGGGGGCGACGACGGCAUGUUGCGAGAACGGCCGGCCCAUGAUGACCGACCCCGUGACCGGGCAGACCGUGUGCUCGUGCCAGUACGACAGCGCGGCGAGGCUGGCCCUUGGCGCUUACCCGAGGCUCGCUCCCACCGCGGGCUCCUACUCCUCGUACCCGACGCCCACGCCCUCCGGCACCGACCAGGGCCCCUACCCCAGCAUCGGCAUGGACAGCUCGGCCUUCUACUCGCCACUCGGAAAUCCGUACGGGCUGAAGGACGCGACGGGGAUGGGAAUGACGGCGGACAUGGGCGCCGCCUGGGGCACUGCGGCCCUCCAGCCCGCGGCCACCGGCUACUACCCUUACGACCCGACGCUCGCCGCCUAUGGGUACGGCGCGGGCUACGAUUUGGCGGCGAGGCGGAAAAACGCGACGCGCGAGUCCACGGCGACGCUGAAGGCCUGGCUGGGCGAGCACAAGAAAAACCCGUACCCGACCAAGGGCGAGAAGAUCAUGCUGGCGAUAAUAACGAAGAUGACGCUGACGCAGGUCUCGACGUGGUUCGCCAACGCGAGGAGGCGCCUCAAGAAGGAGAACAAGAUGACGUGGGAGCCGAAGAACAAGACGGACGACGACGAGGACGCCAACCUCACCGACUCCGAGGACAACAAGGACAAGGACGACAUGGGCCAGGACAGCCGGCAGGACCGAGCCGACGACCCCAGGCGGGGACUCGACGACACUGAGUCCAUGCGCCACGUGAAGGCGGAGCACCUGCAGCACGAAAAGGAUCUCGAGGAUGAGGAUGAUCUGGAUCUCGAGGAGGAUCCCCGUAGAUCGGGGGAUGGGAAUCCGUACCAUCACCACCACACGAUGCACCACCACCACCACCACCACCAUCAUCCGGGCUACGGGCCCGAGGACCACUUGAAAGACGACGUGCUCAAGUCGGACUGCAGCGCGGCCGGGGUGCCCAUUCCCGCGACUAAGCCGAAAAUUUGGUCGCUGGCCGACACCGCCGCCUGCAAGACCCCACCGCCCCCGCACCACCCUCAGUACCACCUCCACCACCACCAACACCAACAACAACAACAACAACAACAACAACAACAACAACAACAACACUACGGACAUCAACAGCAUCAGCACCACCACCAACAGCAACAACAACAACAACAACAACACCAGCAACAGCAGCAGCACCAUCACCAUCAUCAACACCUGACGGCGCAGUCGCACCACUCGCAACAGCCGUGGCUGGGGGCUACGGGUGGAGGUGCCGCUGACCCGAGCACCGGGAGCUUGAGCAACUUUGCCCUGCCCUCGGCGGCGUCGAUGAGCCCAUCGUCGGCGGCCACGGCGCCCUACUCGAGCGGCAGUGCCCGCUACGGUGGCUUUCUGUCCUCCUCCUCGGGGGGCCAGCUCCACUACAACCCGAACUCGACGACGGCCGGCUCGUCGGUAACAAACGCCUCAUCCUCGGCAGCGGCGGGGUUUCCCGAGGUUGGUACGGACACCCCGCCACAGACACCACCCAACAUGAAGGUCGGCACGCCCAACGGGGUGAUCCAGGUACCUCCGGCCGGCUACUGCCCUGGUGGCAACAACAACAACAACAACAACAACAACAACAGCAGCAGUACCCCCACCAGCAGUAAUAACGGGCAUUACGCGGUGUCGGCGGGUGCGUACAUGCAGAGCCAAACGGGGCUGCAGAGUUUGCCGGUGAGUUACAGCACGAGGCUGCCCAACUCGCCGCACAAGGACUACACGUCGGCGAGUGGCGCGCAGGCAGCGCUGCUCCAUGAGCAUCAGACCACCGCCAGUUUACCGGCCACCGAGGCGACCACCGCCUUCAAGCCGUUCUACAAGGGGUCCCAGACCAUGAGCAGCGGAUUCGUGUCGCCGGUUUAA